UGCACGGGAUACAAGCCUUUUGUCACAAUGCGCUGGGUCACCCGGGUGCACUGUGUUGUGGCACCUGGUGAAGGCUGGGGCAGAGGUGCUUGAGUCACCAUAGAGGUUGGUUGGUCGAUCCUCAGAGUGCUGCAUGCGGGAGAGGACACUGAGGCCAGGCUGGGGCUUCGGGGAACUCUCCUUCCCUGGGCUUUGAGGAGGACUGGGGCUGGUGCCGACAUCACGGCACAGGUCACUUGCUGAGCACCAUAGCCUGGAGUAGUUAAGGUGACAAAGCCAGGGCCUCACUAAGCCAGGAUGGAGGCGUGAGGCUCUUGUCAGCCGAGGCUGCCUGAUAUCUCAGGGCCUGGCUGUGGCAGAGUGCUGCAUGCUCUGAACACCGUUGGCCAGCACAAGCUCAGCCCGUGCUGCUCACCCCAGCGCCCUCGGUGGGCUUUGCCGCGUGCUCUCACCUUCAUAGAGGCUGCAAGGCCUCUGUCUGUCAUUUGCCGAGCUAGACACAGUAGUGGAGCAGGCACUGCCUGGCCCCGACCAUGUCUUGCAUCCACUACAAGUUCUUCUCCAAGCUGGACUAUGAUACGGUCACCUUCAGUGGCUUCGACAUCUCCCUUUGCGACCUCAAGUGCAAGAUCAUGCGCAAGGAGAAGCUGAAGGCAGCCAACUGUGAUCUGCAGAUCAGCAAUGCCCAGACCAAAGAAGAAUACACAGAAGAUGCCCUGAUUCCUAAAAACUCAUUGGUAAUCGUUAAAAGAAUCCCUGCUGGAGGAGUUAAAGCUACCAGCAAAACGGAUGUUACGGCUCCUCAGUCACACAAAAUCCCAGGAGCAGCUUCUUUCAGAAGUCGAACUGAGCCAGUGAGCAGAACAUCGGAAGCAAACUUGGAUAUGCGUUUAUUUUUUGCUGCACAAAAGAAUGGUGAGUCUUCUGCAUCUAAUUCUCUGGCCCAGCUUUCAAAGACUGCCAACCUGGCUGAAGCCAGUGCUUCUGAAGAAGAUAAAAUAAAAGCCAUGAUGAUACAGUCUUUCCGUGAAUAUGAUCCAGUCCAUCCCAUGAAGAAGCCCUUGGCUACACCUCCACCAUCAUAUGUUUGCUAUCGGUGCGGAAAUCCUGGCCACUAUAGAAAGGACUGCCCAAGAAAUGGGGACAGAAAUGUGGAGUCUGUUCCCAGACUGAAAAGGAGCACAGGAAUUCCAAGGAGUUUCCUGAUAGAGGUGAAAGAUCCCAACACAAAGGGUGCAAUGCUGACCAACACUGGAAAAUACGCAAUCCCCAUUAUUAAUGCGGAAGCUUAUGCUAGAGAAAAGAGGAAAAGGCCUCCAUCUUUACCAGAGGAGCCAUCCUCCUCCUCUUCUGAUGGUCCUGUUCCAGAUGAGCUGUUAUGUCUCAUUUGUAAAGACAUAAUGACUGAUGCAGCUGUUCUUCCCUGCUGUGGAAGCAGUUAUUGUGACGAGUGUAUUAGAACGGCAUUGCUGGAGACUGAGGAUUAUACAUGCCCAGUGUGUCACCGGACAGACGUUCCUCCUGAUGCUUUAGUUGCCAACAAGAGCCUACGCCAGGCUGUGAACAACUUCAAAAAUGGUGUUGGCUACACAAAAAGGCUCCGUAAGGAGAUCCAGCAGCAACCAUCAGUACCCACAGGAGGUCCUCCGAGGACAGACAGUACCAUGCACUGCCCAGGUGCCAGAACAAGCUGUGAACUGAGGUCACAUACCUGCUCCAAGUCAAGAUCAGGUCCUUCCUGCAGUGGCUCCUACUCUGGAUCAUACAAUUCUUAAUUCCAGUUUACCUUCUUUAAAUGUUGCUUCUCUCCCUAAUAAAA